AGUUUAGACUUGUCUUUCUUUCGUCUGUGUUUUAUAUUGUUUCAUGUUUUUCCUUUCUCGCUUGAAUCCUUCGAUCAAGUUUAUUUCCCAUUUCAAAAUUGUACGUACAGGAUUAGUGAAAAUGGCUGAAAGUUCAAAACCAUUUAUUGUUGAGUAUGCACCUCAAGGUCGAGCCAAAUGCAAGACAUGCAAACAGCAAAUUGAAAAGAGCUCAGCGAGGAUAGGCAAAAUGGUGACUAAUCCUUUCAGCGACGAUGGAGGCUUGAUGAAACAGUGGUACCACAUAAAAUGCAUCUUUGACACUCUACGUAGAGCAAGAGCAACAACUGCAAAGAUUAACAGUACACAGGAUUUGGAAGGAUUUGAAAAUAUGAAUGAAGAGGAUAAGAAAAUUAUUGAAAGUUUUAUUACAGGUGAAGCUUUAAACACAAAUAAAUGCUCAUCUCCAUUGAAACCUUCACCUGCAAAGAGGAAAAAACAAGCCACUCUUACUAGUACCUUUAGUCCAUCAAAAGGAGCUACAUCAAGAAUGUUAUCUACAGAUGCUGGUCCUUCUUCAUUUGGUGGGAAUACUUCCUGUUUUGAAGAUAACCCAUCAACGAGUAGAGCUAGCAAGGAUGACAGUUUUCGUGAGUUUCGACGUCUCUGUACAAUGUUAGCGAGUGAACCAAGUUAUAAUGCAAAAACAAAAAUUAUUUCCGAUUUCAUCAAAAAGGGAACAUCACAAGAUAAUUAUACUGGGGAUUUGUAUUUGCUGGCAAAGCUUUUCCUACCAGCUGUAAAYAAGAGAGUGUACAACCUUCAGAGCAAGCAGCUUGUUAAGUUGUUCAGCCAGAUUCUUGGCUGUGACCAUGAUGAUAUGAUAACUGAUUUGGAAAAGGGAGAUGUAGCAGAGACUAUCAGCAACUAUUUURAAGGCAAUACCAAAUGUAAACCUUUAAAGAAAAGCAUCCUGACCAAUCAAGAGGUAGAUGAGUUUCUUGACAGCUUAACAAUGCUUUCAAAGGAAGAGGAACAAAUCAGGGAAUUAACCAAAAUUUCCAGAAAAUGUACACCUAAUGACCUUAAGUAUAUCAUCAGGCUGAUUAAGCAUGACCUUAGAAUGAACACUGGAGCCAAACAUGUACUUGAAGCAAUACAUCCAAGUGCAUAUGAAGCAUUUCAGGCAUCAAAUGAUUUGUAUGAUGUCAUUAAAAGGUCGUGUAAAMAAGAAGAAGGAAUGCCAUCACUGAACAAAAAACUUAGUAUCCGAGCAUCUGUGAUGACACCUGUCAAGCCCAUGCUGGCUGAAGCUUGUAAGUCAUUCUCUCAAGCCAUUAAGAAGUCUCCAAAUGGAAUGUAUGCAGAAAUAAAGUAUGAUGGAGAGAGAGUACAGGUACACAAGAGUGGAGACAAGUUUCAAUUUUUCAGUCGUAGUCUUAAACCAGUUCUUCCACACAAGGUUUCAUCUUUCAAGGAGUAUCUUCCCAAAGCCUUUCCACAUGGAAAUGACUUGAUCCUUGAUAGUGAGGUUCUUCUUGUUGACAAUAAGACUAGCACUCCUCUUCCCUUUGGAACACUUGGUAUUCACAAGAAAUCUGCCUUCAAGGAUGCAAAUGUGUGCUUGUUUAUCUUUGACUGUCUUCAAUUUAAUGAUCAAAACCUAAUGAACAAAACUAUGCAAGAAAGAAGACAAUACUUAGAAAUGAAUGUGACUAUCAUACCAAACAGAAUUAUGCUUUCAUGCCCGGUCGUCCGUCACAUUGUGAUAAUUAUAAUCAUCAAUGAUUACUUUUUGUUGAUCUUAAAAGACUCGAAGAAGAUCAGCGAAGAUAUUAAUGACGAAGAAGAUGAUGAUGAUAGUUCUGAUGAUGACAAAUCGAUGAAGUGUGAAGAUGUUAAGAGUGACUCAGUCUUAAAAAAAGGGAAAAGAAAGGCUGAUGAUGAUAUUGGAGGUCAUGAAAUGGCAAAGAAACAAGUGUGUAAAUAUGGAUCAAAAUGCUAUCAAACAAGCACUGAGCACUUGAAGAAAUAUCUACAUGUCACAACUGAAGCGCAAGAACAGUCAUGCCAACUAUCCGAGAAAUUGCCAUCGCUGUUCUCAGGAAUUCAGUUUUAUAUCCCUAAAGAAACAGAAAAUGUGAAGAAAUUAAAGCGUUACAUUAUAGCCUAUGAUGGAGAUGUUGUUUCAGAGUUAUUCAAAGAAACUGCUACCUACAUUAUUGCAAAGAACGAGGUCCAAUAUCAAGCCGAAGUUCCUGUGGUCAGUCCUGAUUGGAUUUGGGAUUGUAUUAAAAAGAGAAGGAUUGUGCCUGUGAAAAAAUACCUGUCAGGGCUGUCAGUAUAGAAUCUGUUUAAACCAUAGAAGACUACUUCGGCGCAAUACAUCUAUUAAUCCCUUGAUAGAGUGGACGUCCUAAAUCCUCGAAACAAAUAUUUCUAUUUACUACCAAAUAUUAGACAAUUGAAUACAAAGGAAUUGGUAUAAAACCCAUUUAAAUUGUACUUUUUUUUCCUUUGCGUCCUCUUAACAAUGUAGCGGACAUGGCGGUAUUAGUACUUAAAAAAUUAAUUUUAAAAAUUGGCACAUAUUUCAUGUAUCAUAUUUAAUCAUGCAACUAUUUAUUGAAUUCUUCAAUAAUAAUGGCAUUUCAAAACCAGUGAAAGAAUUUACGAUUUUAUUGAAGUUCAAUGAAUCAAAUGAAUGUAAGUGGUCAUUUUUGCCAAGUGCACAUACCUGCACCAACAGGCUUGAGCUCAGAAGAGGUCAUGUCGAUAUAAAGCUUGAACACAAGCAAAAUAUUUUUCACGUCAAUAUUUAUUUUGUAUUGUAAGGCCUGGGUUAAACGCCAAACUAAAUUUUUGCCGUUUCAAAUUCAAGUUUCUUUAUGCAAAAGUCCAGUGCUUCUAGCUAAUUUCAACUUCGAAAACUUUCCAAUUCUUUUAUAACUUGUGCUUUUGAAAGUACACACCGACCAUACUAUUAAACAACCAUUUUGACAGAAAGCAUUUUGCCUUUUAAAAGCUCUUGRAGAUCGGCGAAUUUAAGUUGUUUGACCCAGSCCUGAGAAUACAUUUCUUGUUUGUGAAAUACAGUAAUUUAACCGGAAUCUGCGAGAGUUAGUAUUCUUGUAGAUUUAAUUUUCAUAGGCAUAUGAAUUAGGGUUUUUUAUUAACCCGYGAAACAAAGUGUAAUAGUCAAAGCUGUAAUGGGCCAACGUAUCAAAAAAGUCUAUUGUUACAUGAUUGA